GACCUGGACUACCUGGCCGCCCUGGAUGAUGAUGGGAACCUGUCGGAGGUGGGGAUCAUCAUGUCGGAGUUUCCCCUGGACCCUCAGCUGGCCAAGGCGCUCAUCGCCUCCUGCGAGUUCGACUGCGUGGAGGAGAUGGUCAGCCUGGCCGCCAUGCUCACGGGUACCGUGCCAAGGGGCUCGGAGCCGCCAGCGCUGGCAGGGGAGGCGGUGACCAUGCGCCGGCGGGCCCUGCUCCACCCGGACGGAGACCACUUCACCCUCAUCAACAUCUUCAACGCCUUCCAGCAGCACACCGCGGACGAGGGCUGGUGCCGCAAGCACGCGGUGAGCGGGGACGCGCUGCGGCUGGCGGGCACCGUGCGGGCGGAGCUGCUGGAGGUGAUGCGGCGCAUCGAGCUGCCCAUCUCGCCCCCCGCCUUCGGCACCGACGCCAACGUCCUCAACAUCCAGAGAGCCCUGAUCUCCGGCUACUUCCUCAAG